ACCUGCCUCUCAUCCUUGCCUGGCUACGCGUUUGGGUUAGUACUGUCUUGGAGCAAAAAAAAAACUUUCAGAAGUUUGAGCGAAACCCGUAAGGACUUAUAGCAGCAGCAACGUCUUGGUAUUUUUCAAAGAAGGAGUUGUACCUAUAUCGCAAUGAAAAUAAGUAUUUGGAAUUAUUAACUUCCCGGGCACUGUUCCUACGAUUGUGUCUGGAGGAUUAAAACUUGGAAAGGGCUGGUGUAGACAGUUUGGAGCAGGGAGAUCGGCUGCUUCCAAAAAACAUGGCUUCUUUGCAGCGGCUUGCUGAUGCCUGUCGGGUUUUCAAUCUGUUCUGUUGUAUUCUCUUUUUGGGGUUGGUGGGAGUGAGAGCACGGUCUUGUCCGGGGCCAUGUCGCUGUGUGGGCGACCUUUUGGACUGUAGUAAGCUGCGAUUGCAAGAGAUACCUAAUCAGACGUUCUUACCAAACUGGAUUGUACAGUUGGAUUUGAGCCACAACAGACUGUCUUCAAUUGAACCCUCCACCUUCAGUCACCUUCACAGCCUCCUUGAAAUAAAAUUGAAUAAUAAUCACCUGGAACGCAUACCAAGUCUGGGUCCUGUUUCUAGGAAUAUUACCCUCAUGUCACUAGCAAGCAACAAGAUCAGUGAAAUCCUUCCUGAACAGUUAAAACCAUAUGAGGCCCUUGAAACUUUAGACCUCAGCAACAAUAAUGUUAUGGAAUUGUCCUCAAAAUCUUUUCCUCAUCUACAACUGAAGAACUUGUAUCUUAACAAUAAUCGCAUAGCUUCAAUGGAAUCUGGCUGCUUUGACAAUCUGUCCGGUACCCUGCAGGUGUUGAAACUGAAUAAAAACCGAAUUUCUUCGAUACCUCCCAAGAUGUUCAAGUUGUCUCAGCUUCAGCACUUAGAACUGAAAAGGAACCGGAUUAAAAAAGUGGACGGCCUUACGUUUCAAGGUCUAAGUGCCCUGAAGUCACUUGACAUGCAAAGAAACGGAAUUAGCAAACUCAUGGAUGGAGCUUUUUGGGGACUGAACAAUAUGGAGAUCUUGCAGCUGGAUUACAACAACCUUACUGAAGUAACCAAAGGAUGGCUCUAUGGUUUAUUGAUGUUACAGCGGCUUCAUCUCAGCCAGAAUGCUAUCAACAAGAUCAGUCCCGAUGCCUGGGAAUUCUGCCAGAAACUGCGUGAGCUGGACUUGACCUUUAACCAGCUGGCUCGAUUAGACGAGUCGAGCUUCAUGGGACUUGGCUUACUUGAUGAGCUACAGAUUGGAAAUAAUAAAGUAAGCUAUAUUGCUGAUGGUGCUUUCCGUGGGCUCUCCAGUUUACACAUGUUGGAUCUAAAAAACAAUGACAUUUCGUGGACCAUUGAAGAUAUGAAUGGUGCUUUCACAGGACUUGACAGACUGCAGACACUUGUGCUUCAGGGAAACAGAAUAAGGUCCAUCACAAAAAAGGCUUUUUCUGGAUUAGAUGCACUUCAGCACCUGGACCUGACUAGUAAUGCCAUCAUGUCAAUUCAGGGGAAUGCCUUUUCUGAAAUGAAAAGACUGGAAGAAUUGCAUCUAAACACAUCUAGUCUUCUGUGUGAUUGCCAGCUGAAGUGGCUGCCUCAGUGGGUUGCAGAGUCCCACUUUCAGUCAUUUGUCAAUGCCAGCUGUGCCCACCCUCAGAUGCUGAAAGGAAAAAGUAUAUUUGCCAUCAGUUCAGAUUACUUUGUUUGUGAUGACGUCCCUAAACCUCAGAUCACCGUGCAACCUGAAACACAAUCUGCAUUAAAGGGUGCUAAUGUAAGUUUCAUCUGCUCAGCUGCAAGUAGCAGCGAUUCUCCAAUGACAUUUGCCUGGAAGAAAGAUUUGGAGUUACUACAUGAAGCAGAGAUUGAGAACUAUGCCCACCUCAGAGCGCAGGGUGGUGAAGUAAUGGAGUAUACAACCAUUCUGCGUUUGCGCAAUGUGGAUUUUAGCAAUGAAGGAAAAUACCAAUGUGUCAUAUCAAACCAUUUCGGGUCUUCGUAUUCUGUCAAGGCAAAGCUGACUGUGAACAUGCUUCCUUCUUUUACUAAAACCCCUAUGGACCUCACCAUCCGUGCAGGAACCCUGGCCAGAUUGGAGUGUGCAGCUGUUGGUUAUCCAACACCUCAGAUAGCUUGGCAGAAGGAUGGUGGCACUGACUUUCCUGCAGCUCGAGAGAGACGGAUGCACGUUAUGCCAGAGGAUGAUGUCUUCUUUAUUGUUGAUGUGAAGAUCGAAGAUAUUGGUGUAUAUAGUUGCACAGCUCAAAAUAGUGCUGGGGCCAUUUCUGCAAAUGCAACAUUAACUGUCCUAGAGACGCCAUCUUUCUUACGGCCAUUAGUGGACCGAACUGUAUCCAAAAGUGAAACUGCAGUCCUGCAGUGCAUUGCUGGUGGGAGCCCACCACCAAAACUUAACUGGACAAAAGAUGAUAGCCCUUUGGUGGUAACAGAAAGACAUUUUUUUGCUGCUGGAAACCAAUUGCUUAUUAUUGUUGACACUGACACUGAGGAUGCAGGAAAAUAUACCUGUGAAAUGUCCAAUACUGUUGGAACACAGCGAGGCAACAUUCGAUUAACUGUUAUUCCUUCUCCAAACUGCUACUCUACCCAGAGUGUAGCCACUGCAGCAGAAGACAGUGGAUGGGCUAAAAUUGGCAUCGUAAUUAUAGCAGUGGUCUGCUGCGUAGUGGGUACUUCCCUCAUCUGGGUGGUCAUUAUAUACCACAUCAGAAGAAGAAGUGAAGACUGCAGUGUUACAAACACAGAUGAGACAAAUCUUCCUGCAGAUAUUCCCAGCUAUUUGUCAUCACAGGGCACUUUGGCUGAAAGGCAUGAUGGGUAUGGAUCAUCUGAAAAUGGUAGCCACCAUCAGUUUAUGACUGCAUCUAUGACAGGAUAUUAUCUUCAUCAGAGAGAGAGCAAUGGUGUGUGCCAUAUGGACAGUGGGAGUGAGACAGACGUGGAUGCUGUCACAGAUCCCCUUUUGUGCCAUUAUCUGGGGACUGCAGAAUUGUCAUACCUGAGAGGCCAUACAUAUGAUAUUGAAGCACUUGAUGGAGUUCGUCACACAGGGUGCAGUUCCAAUCAAAGGACAGCAUGUGUGGAUCCAUAUGAUCUGACCCCAUGUUAUGGAAAGAAAAACACAUGUUACCCAUCUGAGGAUGCUUUAGACAAAGCACUUUCUAAUAUCCUAAUGCAGCUUCCAGUAAAAAUGCACAGCAGAGGGACUGAAAUGAAUAAUUCAGAUAUCAACAUAGUAGAAUGCAGUGUGAAUGAGGAGGAAGGUAUGAAUGCCACUGGGACUUUUAUGGGAACAUUUGGAAAAUCUUUAUGGAAGUCACAGAAGAAUCCAUAUUCUUCUUAUUCUCCGUCACUAGCAAGCAAGCCAAACGUUGUGCAUGAUGGCUUGCAUCGUUCCCUAGACUCUGAUACUGAUACAGAUGACUCACAGUCAGUUAAAGUUGUUACUCAGCCUGAACCUGGGAUUUGUACUUUUGAACAGACUUUUGAUAACCAUUGGACUCCAUGUUUUACAUCUCAUGGCACUGAUACGUAGCUGGACUUCAAGCCACAGAACUUUAAAACAAGGUGGGGGGGGGGGGCAUUUCAACAAGCUACCUCGGAAAUACUGAUGCUGAUCUUGGUUCAGGAAGAUCACCUUUCAUGCCAUUUGGAAGACUUUCAUCUUUUAAAUGAACCCACGGUAAAAUGAAAAACUUUUUUUUUUGUCAAAAGGAACAAUUUUAUACAAAGUAAGAAUACAUUAAAACUAUAUUUGCAUAUUUUAAUUAUUUUAUAACAUUUUAUACAGAUAUCUUUUCUUGUAAAAUAUGUAAAUAAUGCCAUGAAUAUUUUGCGUAUUUUUAUAAUGUGAGAGAUUGUAUUAUAAAAGGAAUACAGUGAUGAUAAAAACACUAUUCUGUUUAUGGCUUUUAAGGAUGCAAAAUUAGGUGCUGUUUCAGGCAUCUGGCAUCUUGUUUGCACAGUUCCAUUAAUAAAAGUUUUUGCCUUGUGCAAUAUUGCACUUUGGUAUUUAAAACAAA